UCUCGCGAUGUUGCGCCUCUGGGCUGAGAAUCUCUCAUUACUCUGUUGGCCGACUAGCAUGUACUGAACUGCAAAUGUACUGUACUUAACUGCAAAUGUUUGAUUAAGAUGUUGGCGUAUUCAGUCCUGUGAUGUCUAACGAAGACCAAGGGAUUAUUUUUUAAGUGUAAAACAGGAAGCGGACGACUGGCAAGUUGGUAACGUUACAGUACAGGUGUCCUGCUGCAAUGUCAAGGCGGAGCAGGAACAGCCGGGCAUGGCGUUACGUAUGGACUGGAAUACGGCGAGACGCUGAUUCCCGAGUGCAGGUAUUGGCCUCAGAGAGUCAGGAGUGGGGCUACGAAGGCUUACAGUACAGUGACUCAGACUCUGAGCCAGACUACCGGCUCGUGGUGCCACCGUUCCCCAGUGCCGUGCCCGUUACCGGAGAGUCGUACUGCACCUGCGACUCCCAGGCCGAGCCCAGCUACAACCCACGUCUCCGGGGCUUCCACCGCAUCAAAGACUGCCACUGUGGAGAGGAAGACCAGGACUUCGACUGGGUGUGGGACGACAGUAACCGCUCCACGGCCACGUUGAUGACCUGCGACAACCGCAAAGUCAACUUCCACACAGAGUACAGCUGUGGCACAGCAGCCAUCAGAGGUUCCAAGGAGCUGGCAGAUGGCCAGCACUUCUGGGAGAUUAAGAUGACAUCACCAGUGUACGGGACAGAUAUGAUGGUAGGCAUCGGAACCUGUGACGUGAACCUGGAUAAGUACAGACAUACCUUCUGCAGCCUGUUGGGGAAAGAUGAUGACAGCUGGGGUCUCUCCUACACUGGUCUGUUGCAUCAUAAAGGAGACAAGGUGAACUUCUCCUCACGUUUCGGCCAGGGCUCAAUCAUCGGAGUGCACCUGGACACAUGGCACGGAACACUCACCUUCUUUAAGAACCGCAAGUGCAUAGGCGUGGCGGCUACGGCGCUACAGAACAAGCGUUUCUACCCCAUGGUGUGUUCCACAGCAGCCAAGAGCAGCAUGAAGAUGAUCCGCUCCUGCUUCACGCCCACUUCCCUGCAGUACCUGUGCUGUGCCCGCCUCCGCCAGCUCCUCCCUGAGUGCCCAGACACCCUGAGCGUCCUGCCGCUGCCCCCUGGCCUGCGCCACCUUCUGCACAAUAAGCUGGGCUGGGUCCUCAGCCUCAACAACGGCCUCCUGGGGGCCCCAGAGGGGGAAGAAGGGAGGGUGGGGGGCUUGGGGUCUGACUCAACCCCUACGCCCCCCUUGGCCGGGGCCUUGUCCUCUGAAAGCGAUGACUCUGAGGGGUGUUCGUCGGACCCUGAGGCAUGUCAGAGGAAGAGAUGUCGUUGGACGUGACGCGAAUCCGACGUGACCCCAAUGUCAACACAUGGGGUGUGUCCGAAAUGACACCCUGUAGUGCACUACUGGUCAAAGGCCCAUAGAACUCUUGUCUAUAGGGUGCCAUUUGGAUUCAGCCAUGAACUGGACUGAAUCCCCGCCCCCUCUCUGAGACACACUCAAGUUAUAAUCCCUUACACACAUACACACGUUACCGUUAAUGGGUGAACCCAGGACCUGGGGACAGUGUUGUGGAAACAUUUUAAUCAAGAUCAAACAAAGACCUAUGACCAAACUUCAGUGUACAUUAACAGUACAUGCAACAAGAAGAAUGACAUGGAAUCAAUGAAAAGAGACCAAGUGCAGAAUUAUGUGAAUUGUCACCAUGCUUUCUCCUUGUAUAUGAAAAGCUGGUUGGAUUGCUAUAGGAGUGGCCCGUAAGGCCAUAUUUUAAGUUUCUGUUUCAGCUGACCGAAGAAUGAAAGUUGAGUUGUCAAAAUGUCGUCUCCAGGAGAUUUACUUGUUUCAUUUAUAUGUUCUUGCUCUGCAGGUAAUACACAGUUCAGUUUGACAGUUAUGAAUACUCAGUGAAACAAAGUUAUUUUGUUGUUUAUCAACACAUUUUUUUCGGAGCAGGAGCAAACUUUUAUUCUUUCUUUUAUUUAGAUCAGCUUGACAAUGUAUUCCCCUGAAUUAUUUUUGUCAUAUCGACACAACUUUUUUAUUUAUUUUUUUAACACGUUUUAGGGGGGUUCUGAUUCAUUUUUCACUCAAUACUGCUGUCGUAUUAGAUAUUGGUUGGGGGAGUGAUGACCGUUAUACACACCCUCUAUGUUGAACUGUGAGUUGUCAUGCACCGUUCUUAUACCGACCUCCCUGUUAUGCUCUCCUUCUGCUUGAUGGUAGACUCAUGUCUGUUAGUCACACAGACAUUUGAUUUAGUCGUCACCCCUGUGCAUCCAGUGGUUGGGCUGUAGACAGUUUACUGAAUAAAGAAGGCAAAGGGGGUAGAAAAGGGGUGUCCACAUAUUAUAAUAAAUAUGUGUAUUUUUCAGUGUACAAUGUUUAUUUUAUGCAUCAAAACACUUGUAUAUACCGUGCAUUUGGAAACUAUUCAGACCCCUUGACUUUUUCCACAUUUUAUUACAUUAGCCUUAUUCUAAAAUUGAUUCAAUUGUUAUUUUUUUCUCAUCAAUCUAUACACAAUACCCCAUAAUGACAAAUCAAAAACAGGUUUAUAGAAAUGUUAACUUAGCAAAUUUAUAAAAAACAUCCCUCCAGAAUGCUGCCACCACCAUACAUAAAGGCCUGAUUGGUGGAGUGCUGCAGAGAUGGUUGUCCUUCUGGAAGGUUAUCCAAUCUCCACAGAGGAACUCUUGAGCUCUAUCAGGGUUCUUGGGUCUUAAUGGUUCCAAACUUCUUCCAUUUAAGAAUGGAGGCCACUGUGUUCUUGGGGACCUUCAAUGCUGCAGAAAUGUUUUGGUACCCUUCCCCAGAUCUGUGCCUCGACACAAUCCUGUCUUGGAAGUUGACAGACAAUUCCUUCGACCUCAUGGUUUUUGCUCUGAUAUGGACUGUCAACUGUGGGACCUUUAUAUAUACAGGUGUGGGCCUUUCCAAAUCAUGUCCAAUCCACGGGUGGACUCCAAUCAAGAUGUAGAAACAUUUCAAAGAUGAGAUCAAUGGAAACGGGAUGCACCUGAGCUCAAUUUCGAGUCUCCUAGCAUAGGGACUGAAUACUUAUGUAUAAGGUAUUUGUUUUUUAUUUUGAAUACAUUUGCUAAAAUUUCUAAAACAACUCUGUAAUGUUACAAACUGGAAAAGGUGAAAGUCUAAAUACUUUCCCAAUGCACUGUAUAAACGGGAUAUAUAAAUUGAUCUUCUAUGCUAUGUAAUGUUCAUACUGUAUGUGUAGGCCUUUAUUCUUAUCUUGAUCUCUGUCAAUCUUUCUCUCCAAUAAUGUAUAUCUAAAGCAUGGCCUUUGACUGAAACUAAGAUGAAUAGGUGAAAUAUGCACAGAACUAUCGCUGUAUUGGCAAGGUUUUGUUUUGUUGUCAAAUUAUCUGUGCUUUUUGCCUUUUUUCCCCCUGGUUCCAGCAAAUGUUUAAUCUUUAAUAAUCAUUUACAUUCAGUAUUCUCUGCUAGGUUGCAAUAACAAUAUAAAUCUUAUGUUUGCACACCAAUGUUCCUCCCAAGAACUAAGGAUUAAGUAAGUAAUGUUUGCUGGUCUAAAGAACCUACAAUGGCACAAUGCAAAUACCUUGGCAUAUCAACAUCAAAUAAAAUACAAAUCAACCUUU